AUGGAACAACAACGAAGAAAGCGAAAGUACGAAAAUUUAAUCGAAAUUUCUAAAAAGAACGUGGAAAUAUCUCAACGAUCGGGAAAUUAUCUCGUCAACAAUAUCGUCCGUGGUGGGACACGUGUUCCGGUUACCCGUCGAUAAGACGAAAGCAAGAGGUAGCAUCGCAUUGCAAAGGAUGCGGCGACUUUUGCCACGAGUGCGAAUACGGCGUCGUAACGUCGAACGUUUGCGGGACAACGGAAUGCGCAAAGGCGAGUAAUCGAAUCGUUCGUUGGCUGCAGGGACCCGACGAAUCUUGCGGGGGACCGAGAGAACUUUUCGGUACUUGCGGCGAAGGCAUGCGCUGCACGUGCAAUCAAUGCACAGGUUGCAGUUCAGAGAACUUGAGAUGCUCGAACGUUCAAAAUCCUUGUCUGCGCGAUAUCAACACAUUCGGAAGAUGGCCUACUAUCAUGUAA